AUGGACCGUGACGACUACAAACACAACGAGUUGAUCUACCACCAAGAUGGUGAUCGUUUGCUCAACGACGUUUUUCAUCGAAUCGCCGGACCUUCUCGCUUUGCCGAAGCGUACAUCGAGUCGGUCGAUAGUCAGGAUCAUGAGCGUUCGUUGGACGAGGUCAUGCAUCAGAUGAUCGAACAUGCCAAGUUCAUGUCGUUGCAAGGAGAUGCCGCGAGCCUCUCCAACAUGGACUUCACGUCGAUCGUGGACGACAACCGGGAUGUUCAGCAUUGCGACUUUACCAAAGAAUACGUUGACACCUUGUUAUUCAACCCGUCGCCUGGUUCAGUCAAGGACACGCACGUCACUUGCAUGGCAAAUGAUGCGGCCGAACCGCUCUGGCUCCUCGAUCCAGCUCAUCAGGAUGCGACGCGACCGUCAAACAUUCCGGGACAGUAUUCCGACGAUAGCGUCUCCGUCACCAUCAACCAUCAACGCUAUGCUCGCCAGCCAGAAUUCGAGCCGAGGAGGCGCGGUUCUCGAGUCAGUAUCAAGCGGAAGGUCCAUGAUGCGAGAGGGAGUCGUCUGGAAGCUGGACGUCGGCAAAAGGGCGACGCGUAUAUUGCAUUCAACAAAGCUCUCUGGACGCUCGGCUGUGUAAUGGAAGUGGUAGGAUAUGGAUUUAGGACGUAUUCACACAAGAAUCCAUUCUAUGUCAACGUAAUUCAUCGCGAGGGCGUUACCGGCGACCCAGGCUCCACCAAUGAAUUCCGCAAUGACGUUGAGGGUCGUCUAUCGGGCAUUACUUAUCUGUGUCCUUCUGUGCGUCGCCAGAAUGACCAGGAUGAUGGCCGCGAUGAUGGCCGCGCAUGGCCAAGUCGACCCGCCCAUGCUUGCAUGUCGACGACCAUCGCAAUCGACGACAUUGAGCCCCUAAUCAAUCACAACAUGGACGAAUCAUCGGUCGUUGCCUGCAAUCACUGCGGACAUCAGGUCCUGCCUCUGGAUGACGAACCGGAUGAUCGUUGGAGCCAGACGCCGUUGUGCGACGCUUGCCAGUGUAACAAACAAAGCCGCAGGAUCACCAUCGAUGGGAAGCGACAUCGCUUCCGCUGCAAGGACUUGGCUACCCACCAGGAAGAACGUCGAUGCUCUCGCUGCCUGGCUACGCGUCGGCCAAACAAGCGGCAAAAGAUCGGCAAACAACAGCAGGACUCGGCCGAGCUCACUGCCGUUCAUCUGGCUCCUAUGCCGGGAGGUCGAUCACGACUAGAAGUACCCCUGAAGCAUCCUUCGGGGUUGGGAUCGACCUUCGAUCUAGUCCUUCGUCACAUCCUUCGCCUCUCUCCGGCCGAACCAUCGGACGACCAGGUCAUGGUGGCCGUUGUCAAAUCCAUCGACAAAAACAGGGACGAGCUAGCUGAACUCUACAGACGGAUCACCACGUCGACAGGCUGUCUAUAUGUGAAACAAGCGACAGUUCAGGGUGCUAGCGACGAUCUUGACGAGGUCGUAGAUAAGUAUCUUGAAGGAAUAAACGACGAUGACGAUCUUGAUUGUUACGGCAAGCCUAGCGAUGACGAAGACGAAGACGACGCCUCUCUCGAUGAAUGGGAGAAACCCGGAGAGACUCGGCCCAUCCCCUUUGGCGAGCUGAUGCGAGCGUGUCGACACACCUUGCCUUCUUCGACCACCUACAUCAGCCUCAACUGUCUACAGCUUCCCGAGUCGCCUCGACCGGAUUCCUUUGGUUCAGCAUGGCAGAUGAAUCACGGGGUCGCGGCCAAGGAUCACGUCUUGAAGUCGGCAAAGAGCCCCCAAAUGCGUCCGCUCGAGGAGCUCUUUGCGGAGAGAGAAGGCUGGUACCUCCUGACGUCUCCCUUCGCGAUCACAGAGGUCCACGCAGAUCCUCCGGGCUGGCUGACCUAUGUCGAGUGCAUCUCGGGAUACAAGGUCUGGACAACCUAUCCCGAAGCCCGACCCAUAGCAGAGCUAGAAUCAGCAACGCAUCUCUGCCUUCAACGGGGGACAUCGAUUCUGAUGCUGCCCAACACCGCCCACUCUGUCUAUACGGCAGAGUCAACAUUGUGCCGCGGAUUUCACUUUAUAAACUAUCGCGCUCUCGGUUCAAUCGACGUCAGUUUGCGGGCAUCCUCGGAAGGUUCCGACAAGACCUUGGAAUCGCUGAUCUUUGCCACUCAGAUCGACAGCUGUCUGCACACGCUUACCAACAGGCCAGAGCCCAAGGGCGUCCGUGUCGCAAGGGAAGACAAGGUCGUCAAGGUGAUGGCAAAGAUGACAGGCACGAUCGACCUGGCACGUCGAGCGUUGUACACCUGGCAAGGUGUAGGCGAAUUGGGUGGAUGGCGUGCUGGUCGAUGA